AUGUACAUACUUUUCACAACUCAUGAUUUCCUUCGGCAUGCUGCAAAACUAUCAUUACUAAAUAAAAUAAAAUGUAAUGAAUUAACAAAUCAAACUGGUGGACGCAUAUUAUUUCCAAUUCAUCAUAAACGUAAAACUAACAAUGAUUUAUUUACAAUACAAAAUUUAGAUGAUGUUGAUUAUUUGGAUAUAGAACAGGUUAUAUCAGAAUUAUAUGAAGCAUCAGUUGAAUUAAUUGAAAAUUUAGGAAUAACAGCAUUAUGA